AUGGAGAGGUCAACACCCAUGGAUGGAAAUGGGUGCAGUCAUGUCCAGUGGACGGUUGACAGAGAAGCCAUGACCCUCCAGAUGGCAUUCAAGAGCACAGAAGGGGCCGAGUGGGUAGGACUUGGUAUUGCUGAGUUUGGUUCCAUGAAAGGAGCCGACAUCAUGCUGGUCAAAAUGAUCCACAACAAUGACUCCGUCGAACCUUCUUUUGUGGUAGAAGACCUCAUCUCGACUGACUUUGUCAAGCCAAGAAAAGACCUUCUUCAGAAUGUGGAACUACUUCGAGCUGAAGUAGAUGAGAAUGGAAGGAUCCAUGCCUUGGUAGAGCGCCCAUUGGAUUCUUGUGAUAUUGAUGACAUUGCAAUUGAGGCAUACAAGCAAACCAUCAUUUGUGCUUCAGGCUACCUGGACGACGGUAAUGAGAUUGCUUACCAUGGCCCUAGACAACACUCUUCCACCACAGUCAAUCUCAUUGUCGAUGAAGAUCUACUCUAUGGAUCAGCUCCCAGCUUUUCUAGCCAAUCCCAAAGUGGCACUGUAUUGCUAGACGAGGGGGGCAUUGUCAAAGCACAUGGCUUUAAUCCUAACUCAACCACAUCAUCGGAGCCGAUUGCAGUUGACAUUCAGCUACCUAACAUUUCUCUUCCGCAGGACAAAGUGACAUCUUUUGUUUGUGUUGCUUUCAAACUGCAUCCGGGUAUUCCACUCAGGUCAAUUGCUGUUGAGACUGUUUGGGGUGAUGGACAAGUCAGGGAUGCAUCACAAAAGCAGCCAGACCACAUUCACCACCAAGUUCUCCUACAAUGUGAUGGAUUUCUAGAGGAAGGGUCUAAUGUGGAAGGCCAAGCAUAUAGCUGUGAGGAUGAAAUGCCCCUGUGUCCCUUGGUGAUAGGCAAUGCCAAGGCACCCUUGAUUCAGUUCCCACCUGGAGUUCACGUGCCACUGGAUCCUUCAACAUACAUUCUGCAGGUUCACUAUGAGAAUACAGCUGGCAUGCCAAUUGUGGAUGACAGGGCUGGGGUGAGGGUUUGGGCUGAGCCACCCAGUCUGCCAUCCCGCAGCAAGCCAGCUAAGAAUGUUGGUCAUGGUGCCUUUCUAAAUACCAUACACAUCCCAGCUGAUCCAGAGCAAAAGGAGUAUGCCAUUCACUUCCAGAUUCCUGCUGAAGCUACACAAGCCCUUCUUCCAGCUGGUGGAGUUGAUGUGUUUUCAGCCAUGUUGCACAUGCACAAGAAAGGAGUUCGAGGCCGACUCCAGCUAAUCAGAGAUGGAGUGCAUGUGAUGGAUGUGUUUGAUACGUUGAGCUUUGACUUCAACAGUCAACAGCCAAAGCUCAAGAUGUGGAAGUAUCUACCAGGCGAUGCUCUCAUCAUAACGUGUAUCUAUGAACCACACAAGGACAAGCCCAUCUAUGGUGGACAAUCAGACAAUGAUGAAGAGAUGUGCACAGUUUUUCUUGCAAUGACGCCACCUGUUCCUGGGUAUGACCGCGCCCUCGGAAUUGCCACUCCAGCUGAUCAAGCCUUUGCGAAUGCCUAUGUUGGUCAAGGCCUCGGUUUUAAUGACAAUAGAACCGAGGAAGCCAUCUACGCUCCCACAUACAAGGACACAAGAGAAUUCAAGCCUCUUCAGGACCAUCGCACAGAUCUCUGUGCACUGGGUGUUCAUGACAUGUUGCAUGCAUCUGAGAUCCGCCUUUCAGAUCCUGGCAUCAAUAUUGCCUUAUAUCUGAUUCUUUUACUCAUUUUUGUUGGUUUGGUGUCCUCACAGUGGCCUGCAGUUAAGUCCAUGACAUGUGAACGGACCAAGCGCAACACAGUCUGCUACAUACUUGAGCUACUGUAUGGCACAGUGGCUCUCCCCUUUUUAUUGCAAGAUUAUGUCUCUCUCAUGGCAAAUGACCAGUCAAUUGAUGCAGUCCAUGCUGAUCUGUACACGGCCACACGCACCAUCGGAGUUGGGCUAACAUUCCUUUACCUUGCAGAACUCUUCUACAAGCUCAAGCCAAGAUUUGACUUGGUACUGCAUCAUGCAGUUGCUAUCAUCAUGGCAGUAAUGUGCUUUGCAGCUGGAAUCAAAGCCCUCUCUCCAAAAGCAACCAUCAAGCUUGGGGCAACACUUGGACUGACAGUUGCCACAGAACAGCCCAUGUUCCUUGCCCUGCUACUCAAGAAUCUAGGCUUUGCCAGACACUGGUGGUGGCCCAAGAUGUGUUACUUUGCAGCAGUGUUCAAUGCCAUCACCAAGUCCAUACUGAUUGCCCUGUUUGCCUACAUACUUGCCAUUUCUUAUCAAGGGGUUGAUGUCUCAUGGGAGAUUGGAAGCUGGAGUUUUUCCAAGUGGCUGGAGCCUUCAAGCAUUUUUAAUGUUGAUGUUUUCACAGGCGUCAUGUCAUUUCUUUUGGUUCUGCUUACACUGGCACAAGUAUUCCUAGGAAGAGUCAUGUUUGCCCUUGCCUACAAGUACAAUCAAAAGGGAGAAAUCAAAGGGAUUCCAAGCAUUACAAACUCACCAGAGAAUGAAAACUUUUCUCUAGGAAGUGUUGAUUCAAGCCCAGCGGGAAAUUGUGAUAUCGUUGAGUCAGAUGACGUUUCUGUUUAA